GGCAACGCAAGUUGGGGUCCUCUCAGGGUCAAUGACUUCCAAUGGAGAAACGUGAAGGCAAUCGAACUGCAUAAUCUUUUGCUGGACGAGCUGACUUCUCAUCGCACUCUGCCCGGUGUGUAUGUGGAGCUGCCUGCUCGCGACCGGCAAAGAUGUCCACCUCGACCACUACAACGGCCACUGCAGGCCCCGGCGCUGAUGCCGGCGGCGUCACAGAGACUAUUCGUCUUCCUGCGCAGGCCGCCGCCGUCGACGAGCAACUCGCUGGACACGAUGAGGAGCAGAUUCGGCUGAUGGAGGAGCGCUGCAUCGUACUAGACGAGAAUGAUAUGUACCUCCGGGAUGGUUCCAAGAAGGAAUGUCACCUCAUGACCAACAUCAACGCCGGUCUGCUUCACCGCGCAUUUUCGUGCUUCCUCUUCGAUCCAACCAGCGGCAAGCUGCUCUUGCAGAAGCGCGCGGAGGAGAAGAUCACAUUCCCAAGCAUGUGGACAAACACGUGCUGCUCCCAUCCGCUGGCGAUCAAAGGAGAGCUGGAAGAGAAGGAUCAGAUCGGCGUCCGAAGAGCAGCGCAACGGAAGUUGGAACACGAGCUUGGGAUACUGCCGGAGCAAGUCCCGCUUGACAAGUUUCAAUUUCUGACCCGGAUUCACUACCUAGCACCUAGCGAUGGCUUGUGGGGCGAGCAUGAGAUCGACUACAUUCUAUUCAUCACUGCCCCCGUCACUCUGAAUCCGAAUCUGAACGAAGUUUCGGAAGUGAAAUGGGUGGAUCAAUCAGAGCUCAAAGCGCUUAUGGACGAGCUUGACCCCUCAUCGUUCACGCCUUGGUUCAAGCUGAUUGCCGCAAAGUUCUUGAUCCCCUGGUGGACCGAGCUCGCGUCCGAGAAGGCUUCCUCAGGGAAAGAGUUCAACGCUCUCAGUCUCAACAGGCUCAAGGACGACGAGAUCCACAGGAUGCUCUAGGGCGCUCUAUCGUGCUGCGCCUGGCUACCACUUGUUCAACCUCUUGAUCAAGUCGUCCGGGCGUGAUAUGAGUGAACGAGUUCAUGGCACAUAUAAGCUUGCUCAUUUUGCUUGAACAUAUCGUUGUUACAUAGCUAUCGUUUACUUUCAUUUAAUCCGCAAACCAUUGCGUCGGAAUGCAUUUCUUGAUUUGGAAACAGCGA